AUGAAAAUUUGGGAGAGAACUGUAGAGCAAAGGUUAAGGAAAAAGACAUCAAUUGGAGAAGAACAGUUUGAAUUUAUGCCAGGUGUUGAUGAUCACCGCCUUUGUAGACCUACCUCUCAUAAACCUAUGAUAAAAUUUGGAACAAUUCCAUGGUCCCAUACCGACUCAACUAUAGCCAAAUAUUUUAAAGAAAUGCAUGCAUAUAUGCAACCUUACCAACGAUCUAAUGUUAUUCAGGGUGUUGCUGAUGUUCUUAGCGGUGAAGUUGAUGCUUUUAUUUAUGAUGGAACAGUGUUGGAUUACUUAGCUUCUCAAGAUGAAGAUUGUAGAUUGCUGACUGUUGGUUCUUGGUAUGCAAUGACCGGAUACGGACUUGCUUUUCCAAGGAAUUCCAAAUAUUUAAAAAUGUUUAACAAAAGAUUAUUAGAUUUUCGGGAAAACGGUGACUUGGAACGUUUGCGUCGCUACUGGAUGACUGGUGUUUGUAAACCUGGCAAACAAGAACAUAAAAGUUCUGAUCCUUUAGCUCUGGAGCAGUUCUUGUCAGCCUUUUUGUUACUAAUGUCCGGAAUAUUACUAGCAGCACUUUUGCUUCUUCUCGAGCAUCUCUACUUCAAAUAUGUCAGAAAACAUUUGGCUAAGACUGAUAGAGGUGGAUGUUGUGCUUUAAUAAGUCUGUCUAUGGGAAAAAGCCUUACUUUUAGGGGAGCAGUUUACGAAGCACAGGAUAUUCUUCGAAAUCACAGAUGUAAAGAUCCGAUUUGUGAUACGCACUUGUGGAAGGUGAAAAGGGAAUUGGAUGUCGCACAGUUAAGAAUUAAACAAUUGGAAAAAGAAAUGGAAACACAUGGAAUUAAACCACCUCCACCCUGUAAGCGUGUAAUCGUUUCUGGAGAACAAGCAAGAGCUAGACUAAGGAGUUUAAAUCCCGCAGGAAGCGAUGUGGAUUUGUUUGGGCCUCGAACCGAAAUAGCGGAAAUGGAAACUGUGCUGUGAUUGAAGGAAUAUUUACAUAUGAACAAAGAAGAGAUAACACCAAGAAUCAGCGAAUUAGCUGACAACUGUUUUUCUUUCGAUGUAUAGAAAACUAAUCGUUUGUGCUCAGUAAAGGAAUGUCAGG